AGCCGGGGCCGGCUCGAGGGCGGCAGGGGGCCCAAGGCGGCUCAGAGCAGCAGCCGGAGCAGGCCGAGAGAGGGGGGCCAUGGCCCCGUUGCCGGCACCCUGCCUGCGCGAGUCCGUGCCGUGACCCCCCGCGAGCGGGCCCGUCCAGGGCAGCAGCCGCAGGGGGCCGCCCGGGAGGAGGCCGCCCGGCUGCAUCGCAGGAGCCGCCGCGCGACCACCCCUCGCCCGAGUGUGCGGGCCGGACGGGCCCAUGCGGGCCGGUGCGGCGGCGGCCGGGCCAGCCUCGCCGGAGCAGCCGCGGCGGGUGAACGUCGUCUCGGGCGGGCACAACCACAUUCGGCGGCGAUACGUCGACGUGGUUCUGCAGGGAGCCUCUGCGCCCAGCGGCGUCCCGCAGCCGGUGGUGCUGCGCGCGAGGGUGAAGGCCAUGUCCAAGGCCAUCAGCGUGGCGGAGGUCUCCCGGCGCUGCGCCGAGGAGCUUGGCCUCCUGACAAGGUCCUCCUCCGUGCUGCGCGGCAUGGCGGAGGAGGGGCCGCACCGCCGCGACGCGCCGGAGCUGGAGAUCCGGCUGGACUUACUCCGGAAGGUCGACACGGUGGUCGAGGGCCAUGACGAGGCAAUGGAGAUGAUCUUGUCUCAGCUGCGCCACUUGGAGUUGCAGGUGGGACUUGAGAACCAGGACGAGGUCUUCACCGAGGAGAAUAUCAAGAAGAUCCUCGCCGCGGAGCAGGAGCUCAAAAUGGAUACCAACCUCUACGCGGGCCACCUCAAUGACGCGGCGAGGAACUUGGACAACGCCCUGGACACUGAGGCCAGGACGAUGGAGGAGCUUUACAGAGCGGAGCAGGCGGAGAACCGAUACAAGGGCUACCCGCACAACGGCAUUGCGACUGGGUACACUGGGUACAAGAGCGGCGCCAUCGACCUGCGCGGCGCUGGCUGGCUGACG